CACACAGCAAACGAAACUCGACGGAUAGAAAUGCGGACCCUCUUUAUUGGUCCGAGAUUCUCAGUCACUUUACUGGAGCUGAUGUCACUGGUCCUCUUGGCUCAAUUUGUAAAUGUCCUGACACAGAGGACAGAGCCUGGAGUCAGCACUGAGGCUUCAUCCACCAGGUGUACUCUGCUGGGUACGCCACGUUCACCUGCGUUCUCAAAGGAUGGGGACUUUAUCAUCGGAGGGGUUUCCUCUAUUCAUUACCAGCUUUACACAGUGAUUUAUAAUUACACCACCAAGCCUGAGCCUCCGAGAUGCACAGGGAGCUUCAAUGCCCGGGGGCUGCGCUUCUUCCGCACAAUGAUCUUUGCCAUUGAGGAGAUAAACAACAGCACAGAGCUGCUGCCGGGAAUCAAACUCGGAUAUCGUCUCUUUGAUUCCUGCGUCUCGGUGCCUGUCUCGGUGCAUGUUGCUUUUCAGCUGGCAAACGGUCAGGAUCCUGUGGUUUACGUAGGAGAUAAUUGUUCUCAGUCUGGAGUGGUGGUGGCUGCUGUGGGAGACUCUGGAUCCACUCCAUCCAUCAGCAUGUCACGCAUCAUGGGGCCCUUCAACAUUCCUCUGGUGAGCCACUUUGCCACUUGUGCCUGCCUUUCAGACAAACAACAAUUCCCGACUUUUUUCAGAACAAUUCCCAGUGACCAUUACCAAGCUGACGCGUUGGCCAAACUGGUGAAACACUUUGGUUGGACGUGGAUAGGAGCCGUCCAUUCAGACUCAGAUUAUGGAAAUAAUGGCAUGGCCUCUUUUCUAGAAGCAGCACUCAGAGAGGGGAUCUGUGUGGAGUACAUUGAAUCCUUUUUUAGGACCAACCAACAGAGCAAAAUCAGAAGAGUUGCAGACGUUAUCCGUAGAUCCACAGCAGUGGUUGUGGUGGCAUUUACAGCCUCUGGUGAUAUGAAAGUCCUACUAGAAGAACUGGCUCGGGAUCCUCCUCCACCUCGUCAGUGGAUCGGGAGUGAAUCUUGGGUAACAGAUCCACUCUUGAUGAGCUUCAGUUUCUGUGCGGGAGCCAUUGGAGUUGCCAUUCAGAAGUCUGUCAUCCCAGGUCUGAGAGAUUUCCUCCUGGAUCUCUCUCCCUCUGAAGCGGCUGCCUCCCCACUGCUUACUGAGUUCUGGGAGGAUGCAUUCAACUGCAGCCUGACAACAAGUUCCAGUGUCAGUUUGCUCAGAGAGUUGUCCUCCAGGAACUCGUAAAGUGUUGCAGAAAGGAAAACCAAUCUGCUGCUAUGACUGUAUACCAUGUCCUGAAGGAGAGAUCAGUAAUAUGACAGAUUCUCUCGAGUGUUUCCCAUGUCCCAGAGAGUUCUGGCCAAAUGCAAACAAAGACGCUUGUUUUCCCAAACCAGUUGAGUUUCUUUCCUAUGGUGAAGUCCUGUCAAUCAUCCUGGCUGCAUUUUCUGUUAGUGGAGCCUUUCUGGC